GUGGUUCGGAGCUGCCCCUGCAGACACGGGUGCACCAGGUGCGUGCCGGCCGACGUGCUCGCCCACGGCCUGCCCGUGGAGGGCUCCGAGAGGUCAGCCGCCGCAGCGCCAGCCGUGGCCGCCGCUGGUGCGACGGCCGCCUCGGCGCCGCCGCUGCCCCCGCGCGCGGCGCAGGCCGCUGCUCCGCGGGUGUGCUCAGAGGCUGCCGGGAUCCGCGAGGUCGUCGCCCGCGUUCGGGCGGCGACGGCGGGGCUGCCGCAGGGCUUCCGGCUCGGCGUCAUCUACGGGCCCUCGGGCAGCGGCAAGAGCCGGCUGCUCGCGGCGCUGAGCGCGAAGAAGCCCGUCUCGGAGAGCAUCGUCGCCAAGCAGUUCAAGGCCAACAUGGCCGUGUGUAGCCACCCAGCUUUUGGCGACGGCGGUGACGCCAUUAGUUUGCUCAGCGCGGCGGGGCUCAACAAGAUUCCUGCGUGGGUCAGGCCGCUGCACUCCAUCUCGAAUGGAGAGCGAUCCCGUGCGCUGCUGGCAGUGACCCUCGCGUCGGCGUCCACGGCCCUGAGCAUCGAUGACUUCGCCUCCAACACGGACGCCGCGUCCGCCAUGAGCACGGCCCGCUCCCUCGCCUCGCUAGUGAAGCAGCGAGGCUUGAAGAGCGUCUGGGUCGCGACGGCGAACAGGCAGGUGCUCCCCUGCCUGGAGGCCGACCUGGUCGUGCUCGCCCAGAGCGGGCAGGCGGCGCCGAACCCGUGGCCGAGGGAGGAGCGCCGCGCAGGCGUCGAGUGGCACAUGAACGUCGAAGGCUUCCGGGAGCCAGAGGGGCAGAGCCCUGGGACGGCAGCCUGGGUCGGCGACGAGUUCCGCGGCGAGGGGGCUGCAGGAUGA